AUGGCGUUGCCUUAUAUCGAUACGCCGCGCACAGAGGUCGACGGGAAUGCGACGUACUUGACCAACGGCUUUCGCAGUGUAGGACGACACAAUAUCUCGGCACUUUCGGUCGAGAACUCCUUCCAUACCCCUUCGAAGGAUGAGGAUAUCCUGAAGGGCAUCGGGGAAGGCCGGAAACGUAGCUCGGGCGCGUUUAAGCUCAGCACUCCGCGUGCAGGCUCCGGUCCUAAAUCCACGAAAAGCGCGUUGAACAACCGACAACAUCUUCCUACAGUCGCACCGACAGAUGGAGAGUUUACCCCACUGAUGAAGAGCGCUACUAGGAACAAUUUUCUGCGGAACAUGUCCACAACACGAGGAGCCAGCGCCCCCAAGACACCAUCAUACUUACGACAGAGCUACCGAAGCAGCGCCAAUACCCCUGGAUUGCCUGCCAAUGAGAUGACAUAUAUCGACGAGGAAGACGAGAUGGACGAUCAACCAACGCCGUUACCGCAAGUGGCGAGCAGCAGCGCACAGAGCACCCCGCUUCCAGGUUUGAGCAAAAAUGGAAGUGGCUUGUUAAAUGACGGACAAAACAUGACAUUGAAGGAGCAGGAAAAGAUCAUCGAUAAACUGGACAAAGAUAAUUUUGGUUUGAAACUGAAAAUCCAUUAUCUACAAGAGCAAAUAGAGAAGGCUGGCCCGGGGUAUAACCAAGCAGCUCUCAAGGAAAAUACGGAACUCAAAGUAGCUAAGCUGUCGAUGCAACGAGACAUCGCUCGCUACAAGAAGAGCCUGCAACAGGCGGAACGGGAUGUAGAGUCCUACCGUGCACAAUUCCAGGAACUUAGAGAACAGGCCCGAAGAAAACAAACAGACGAAACUGUGCAGCGCGAACUAGACCUGAUGCGCGAAGAGAUCGAGUCGCGAGAUAUACAAGUGAAGGAUCUCCAGGAGGAAUUAAGAGAAGCCAAAAGCAGACAGUCAGAGGAGACCGAAAAACUCCGUGAUGAUGUUGAGGACCUGGAAGCAGCUCUCCGAGCCAAGGAACGUGCCAUCGAGGAGCGCGACGAGGAAAUUGAAGAAUUGAAAGAUCGGGAGGGUAAAGAGAAUGAUGCACUUAACGAGCUGGAAUCAGAACUUCAACGCGCAAGGGAGCAAAUGGAGGAGCUGCAAGAGUCUCUCGACCAAGCUAGGACUGAGGCUAGGGAGGUUAGAAACGAGGCUAGCCAAGCAGUACGAAAGAAAGAAGACGCGGAAAAAGCUCUCCGGGAGCUACAUGAGGAGAUGGCCAACAAGUCUUUCAGUACAAAGGGACUUGCACGUCAACUUGAGGAGAAAUCCAGCAAGCUUGAGGAUGAGCUCCGAGAAUUACGACGCGAAGCCGAUGCUCUCAAGGAGGAGCUUGAAGCAAAGGCAAGGAGUGAAGCUCGCAUUCAGGAACAGUAUCAAAGGGCACAGCAGAGCAUGAAUGAUGAGGAUGGACGACUGCGCGAAGAUGCUUCACGGGCGAGACAUGAGCGGGAUAUAGCUCAACAGGAACACGACAAACUCUCCGGCCAGCUUCAAGAGGCACUCGAUGAAGUUCAGCGUAAGGUCGAUGAAAAAGAGCUUUUGCAGACCCGACACAAUGCAUUAACAGAGGAAUCUGGUGGGUUGCAGAGAGAGCUAUCUAGAAGUCAAUCUAAGAUCCGAGAGCUCCAACAAGCUGUGGAUAAGGGCAAGAGCCAAGCCCUGGACGAUGUUGAUAUCCUCCGGGCCCAAUAUAGAGAAGAAAUUGACAGACUGCAAGAAGAAAUCGAGUCCCUGCAUCAUGAGAUCGAGGACAAGGAGGGCCAGUUUGCGCUCGAGCAAGACAGGUGGGAAAGCACCAGGCGGACCCUCCAACUUCAAAAGGACAGAGCAGAGGACCAAGCAGCGGGCUUCAAACGGACCAUUGAGAAGCUCGAGGAAGUCGAACAUAGCCUUUCAGGGAAAGAAACCAAGCUACAGGAAGUUAUCGACAGCGAAAAGGCGCGGCAUUUCAACUCGGAGGCUGUCCUUAGUCGCCAGGUGAAGGAGUUAAACGACGAGGUUACAGCAAAGAGACAAAUCAUAGACGAGCAACGUGGAGAGCUUCUUUCCCUCAAGGAAGAACUUCGUCUCGCCGGACGCCAAGAGGUUGCGCUGAAGGAAAAAGUGCAGGCUUUGGAGGAUGAGGUCGUCGUCUUGCAGUCGAGCUUGGAAGAGGAACAAGAAUACGCCAAGGGCCGAAUGCAACAGGGUUCUUCCAACCAGGAUAGUCAAUUGCAAAAACUGCUUGCCGACAAGCAAAAGCUUCGAGACCAGCUGGCAAAUGCGCACGUCGAAUUGCAUGAUCUACGAACAUCCAUGGCUGAAAUGGAGGCUGAGCGUGAUGAACUUCAGGUCCAAUUGGACCGGGCUCAGAACCAAGCUGAAGGCACCACGCGAUUUGAUCGGGAGAAGAUCGAGCACCGUAAAUCCACACUUCGUCUUGAAUCCGAGCUGAGGAAGAUGAAAGAGGAUAGAUCGUCUUUGAUAGAAGCGAAGGAGGCCCUCGAAAAGCAACUGGAAGCUGAAGUUGAACGAGCUACACUGGAAGAAAAUCGCCUGUCCUCUGAAAUUGACCAGCUCCAAGAUAAACUACACGUGGCUUCGGGCGGAAGAGAUAGGGAACUUUCUCUAACCAAGAGUAGACUACAGCGCUUUGAGCGGCGUGUGACUGAACUGGAAGCCCUCUUACAGCAACAACCUCCUGCUGACAAUGAGCAUUCGAAUGCGACUACAGACAUGUCGAUGCUCCGUCACAACUUGGAUGAGGCGCACAAGCGAGAGAAGACCUUGCUCCGGCGUGAAGCUGAUCAAAAAUCCGCCGUCCGUAGCUGCAAAUCCCGAAUUGCGGAGCUCGAGAGGGAACUGCAUGAGGGAUUGAUGAAAAAAUUCGAGACGGAGUCUCCCCAGCCAUCGCCAUUUGACAAAGUUCACGAAGAGUUGCGUAGUCUCCGAAAGCAACUAUCUGAGGCCCAUCGAGCGCUGAGAGAAGUAAAAAUCAAGAAUCGUGAGCUUGAGCGGGCAGCAAUGAUGAGAGAGGAAGAUCAGCGAGAUCUUCACGAACUUCUUAAAUCCUCCACCCUUGAGGCUGAGUCGCUGGCACUGAAGGUAUCGGAGCGAGAUGCACAGGUCAAUGAGCUCAAAACGCAAGUACGGCGGAUCCGCGAGGAACGGGCAUUCUGCGUGAGAAAGGCCGAGAGAGCUAUGAAAGAUUUAGGAGCCCUUGAAGGACGUUACAAGCAGGCUGUGGAAACAAUUGGGUCUAAAACUGAAACUAAAUCUCGGCACGACAAGGAACUUCUCGGAUUAGGCAAAGAAAUCACCUGGCUCCGGGCGCGCUUGAAGCGAGAGGAAAAGUUCCGACGUGACCUGGCCUGGAGUAAAGGGCUGAUGGAGCUCGGCGAGCGAGUUCGAGUUGCAUGUAAUGCAGCUGAUCUUCGAAUGAUCUCCGAGAUGGGAGUCAAGUCUCGUGGCCGUAGCAUGACCCGCGACCCUCGCCAGAAGCUCAAAACAGCCAUCUCCAUGGUCAAGGCAGUUGUCCGCAUGCAGCGAAUGAGCCGAGACUGGAAGAAAACGCGGAAACUGGGCGAAGGGCUCAAACGGGCCAAAGGCGAGGUGCUGAAGAGAAGAGAUGGCACUAGCAAGGCCUCGGCAAAGUAG